AUGUCCUCGAACGUCGGCCUCACGACCCCCCGCGGUAGCGGCACAUCGGGAUACGUGCAACGCAACUUCGCAUUCAUGAAGCCGCGCACCGCGGGCUACGGGGCGCCGUAUCCGCCCGUGUCCUCCGGCGCGAACGCCACGGACCCAGGACGGCCCUUUAAGCAACGGAUGCCGGAUCGACAGAUCCUCGAACAUGAUCGACGGAGAGCCGUUGAGGUGAAGGUUAUGGAGGAGAGGGAGAGGUUGGAGGAGGAGAAUGAGCGGUUAGAAGAGGAAGGGGACCAGGGAGGUCAGGAGGAUAAGGAGGGGAAGGAAGAUGGUGAGGAGGAGGAGAAGACGAGUGGGGAGGACAAGGAGAAGAAGAUCCUAACGGACGAGGAAAUCGAUGAACGGUGCGAAGCGCUGCGCGAGAAACUGCUCAAGGAGUUGGAGGCGGAUGAGGCGCAGGAACAACAGCGCGGGUCGCAGCCGGCUUCGAGGAAAGGAGGACGCGAUUUGCCGCCGAAGGGGAGGCGCCAGUUCAAAUCUUAUCAGGUGCAUGAGCAGGCGGAGGCCAAGAUCGAGGAGAGUGAGCGGCUGCGCAGGGCUUUGGGGAUUAGGGAGGAUCGGGAGACGGGGGAGUUGUCGAGUGGACGCAGGGGCGGGGAUUCGGAAGGGAAGAAGAGGGAGUGGGAUCGUGAGAGGUAUUGA